AUGACCUAUACUAUCGAAAUGGCCUUCACCUCUCGAGGAAUCAUCAAGUUUAACGGUACAGGAUACGGAUCAUGGGCCAACAAGAUGAAAGGGUCUCUACAAGAGAUUUAUUUGUGGAAAUACGUCUCUGGGAAAGCAUUUAGACCACGUGAUCCGAUAGAUCCGCUAGACGUAGACGCCGCCGACACCAGAGCACUCGAAGCCUGGAUCAUGAACGACAAGGCCGCAAAGAUCUUUCUCGAAGACGGCACGGAAGAUGCAAUUGUACGGGAAAUCGAAUCACUUGACACUGCAAUGGCACGCUGGGACCGUCUCAAAGCCAAGUAUGAGCCAAAGGAGAUCGUUAUGGCCUUGUACAAGACUGUCUGCAAAACUGACUUUCACGGACGUACCGUCGAUGAGCUCAUUCAACAUUUCAAUGACAUGAUCAACGCAAAUGCUAGGUUGGGAUUGCAGAAGAUGGCAUUGCCGGAUCCCAUCCUAGCCAUGUAUAUGAUCACAAGUGUCUCUCAUCGGGGAUCGUCAUGGGAGGUAGUUGAGCUGCAGGCGCUCAACCUCGAAACGGACGAAGCGAAACUUUCGCCAAUGAUGGUCCGUGACUUCUACAUUAGUCGCGUUUCCUUUUCAAGACUACUCGAUUUUGCGUCCGGUACCCAAUCCACGUCGGGCACGCCACAAUCUCAACAUCCGAACCCCAAGGUCGGAUGCUAG